GGCGGUGGCUGGGCUCCUCACGCCGGGCUCUUAAAGGAGCCGUGUUGUCUCGGGCCUGGCGGUCGGUGGGGGUCGUUUGAAGGAGGAAGGGAGACGGUAGAGGUGGGCCGCUAGGAGUCGGUGUCUUCGCACGGGGGUCGCCAGGAGGCCAGUCCGCCCGGCGACGGCGACCGGUGAAGUGGCGUUGCCAUGUCAACCCAGAUAUUGAUCAGAUGAUAUUCUAUAUUUUUGGCAAUGAAGAAAAGCUACAAAAAAAAAGAAUUAUGUGGAAAAACACAGAUGUCAGCUUUUCGGACACCUACUCCAAUGUCUUCUGUUGGUUCAAGCACCAGAUCACCAUCUCCCCUAAGCCAACAGACAUCUCCACCUGCUCGCAAAAGUACGGCAUGGCAGAAUCAACAGCGUGAUACUACAGCAAAUGUAGAAGCUGCUCUUGAAUCUAAGUUUCACGAAGAGGAAAAUGGUGUUAGUCCAGGUGUUCGGUACAUUACAGAACCCCUUAUUAAAAGUCUGUCAAAACAGGAAAAUUUGGCAUAUAUAAGCUCACUGAAUCUUUCUUCACCAAAGGAUGGGGACAAGAAAUUCAAAUACAUAGAAAAUUUGGAAAAAUGCUCUAAACUAGAGAGACUGAAUCUAAGUAACAAUCAAAUAGAGAAGAUUGAAAAGCUGGAUAAACUGUUGAAGUUACGUGAACUCAAUUUGUCUUAUAACAAGAUCAGUAAGAUUGAAGGUAUGGAACAUUUACAUAACCUACAAAAGAUGAACCUUGCAGGGAAUGAGAUUGAGCAUAUUCCUGUGUGGGUAGGGAAGAAACUGAGAUCCCUGCGCAUCCUUAAUUUGAAACAGAAUAAAGUAUCAUCACUUCACGAAAUAGCUAAGCUAAAGCCUCUACAAGAUCUGACUUCUCUGUUCCUUGCUGGUAAUCCAGUUGCAAGCUUGCCUCACUACCGCUUGUACAUCAUAUUUCACUUGAGAGCAUUGGAAAACUUGGAUGGACAGCCAGUGACAAAUCAUGACAGACAGGAAGCUCUAAAGAGGUUUGAUUUAGAAGAGAUAGAAAAAUUAGAAAGAGAGUUAGAGAAUGCAAUAAAGGAGAUGGAGAACCUUAAACUUAACCAGUCUAAAGUGCUUGAGCAACUUCACCAUCAAGAUGAGGUCAACAAAUCAUUAAAAGAAAAAACUUUGCAGCAGAAGCAAAGCUGUGAAGAUCUACAAAGGGAUGUGGAUACCAAAAAUGAACUGCUAAAGCAGAAAACAAUGGAGCUGACACGAGCUUGCCAGAAGCAGUAUGAGUUGGAGCAGGAACUGGCAUUUUAUAAGAUUGAUGCAAAAUUUGAGCCAUUAAGUUAUUUUCCAUCAGAGGAUGUUGAGCUUGAAGAUGUACCUGGUGAAAGCCCAUACAUUGGUAAGGCCAGGUACAAAAGAAAUAUGUUCAUAAGAGAAGGCUACAUUGCUAGUAAAGCUCAGCAAGUGGAGACUGGAAAAAUGCAGCCAGAUGAAAAUGAUUUCUGUAAGAAAUCACAGCUGAAUCCUCAGUUUCAAACUGUAGAUGAGCAAUUGGAGAGUAAAGAAAAAAAGAUUCAUUCAGCACAAAGGAGAUUAGAAGAGCUGCAAAAUGCAAUAGGAAAGGCAGAGCAACAAGUUUUGGAAGUAACAGGAGAACUGCAACAACUGGAGGGUGCUCUGGCUCAGAAAAAAGUCUUACAGGCCAACAGGGAGGAUCUGGAGCAGCAGCUGAGUAAGAAGAUACAAACACUGCAUCAGCUACAAGAGGGAGCCUUAGCACUGGAGAAACAAAUGGAGAAACAGAAAAGAGAAAUAGGGAAAAAGCAGAAAGAGCUUGAAGACCUGAAGAGUUCUCUUGCUUCUGUAAACUCUAAAGAACCAAGACAUGCUCACAUGAGAGCUCAAAAAGCAAGUAAAGAACAGCAGAUUGAGGUAAUGAACAAACAGUACAAACAGCUCGAGAGUCGCCUGGAUGAAAUGCUUUCUAGGAUUGCUAAGGAAACUGAGGAAAUCAAGGACUUGGAACAGCAGCUCACUGAUGGUCAAAUAGCAACAAACGAAGCACUGAAAAGGGAUUUAGAAAGCAUCAUAAUUGGAUUACAGGAAUACCUGGAAAGCGUUAAGCAUCAAGCAAAACAGGCCAAUGAUGAAUGUAAGGAGUUGCAGAAGGAUAAAGAAUCUUUGCUUCAGAGACUGGCAGAUCUAGAGGAUGAAAGAAAUAGCCUGAAAAUAGUUGUCAUGGAUGCCGAAAAUAUGAGAAAAGAAAUAGCAAUGCUUGAAGGCGCACUUCAAGAGCAGCGAGAAAUAAAUGAAUCACUCAGAGAAGGACAAGGGGAUGUCAGUGCCUACGAGGCUGAACUGGAAGCCCAGCUAAGAGAAAGAGACACUGAAGCCAAUCAGCAAAAGGAAGAAUUGGAAAGGCUGAAACAACUCAGCCAGAUGGAACUGUCAGCUCUGCAAGCUGAACUUGAGAAAGAAAGGCAAGCUUUAGAGAAUGCUCUGACCAAAGCACAAUUAGCAGAAGAGAAGGAACAAGAAAACUAUAAGCUGCUUUCUCAGUUCAAACAACUGCAGGGAGACAAUAAUCUCCUGAAACAGCAGCUUAAAGAUCUUCAGAAUCAGCUAAGCCAUGCCGUUGGUAACUUGAUACACCCCGAAGAAGUCCUAGCUCGUAUAAAUGAGCUCAAGCAGAAGCUUCGGACAGGAGCAGGAGAGAUUAAAUGUCAGAAUUCAGCUGAUGUUUUGGGGAAAAGCCUUGCAAGUCUGCAGAAAGAAUUUAAUAACAUUCUUGCUGAUACACAAAGGGAAAAAGAGAAAGCAUGGGAAAGACAGAGACAAUUGCAAGAGGAAAUGGUAUCCCAGAAGGAAAAACUGGAAGAUAUACAGGAAAAAUAUAGACAGGUUAAAUCUGAAAACAGGCAGAAUAAGAACAAGGUCCAUCAGUUAGAGAACGAAAUUCAACUCUUACGUGAAAAAAUAAAGAGUAUGGAAGAAAUUCAGGGCCUGGCUGAUCAACAGCUCCAAGAGGCAGAUGAAGAAAAAGAGGCUAUUCUUGCUCAACUAGAAGACUUGGAGAAAAGGAAAAAAAUAGAAGAUGCCAGGGCACAAAUGCAAUUUGCUGAUCUAGAUAAAGAACUGAAGGAAUUAAAGAGAGCAAUCAUCACUGCAGAUAAAUUGGCGGCCGCUGAGCUAUCCAUUGCUAAAAAUCAGCUGCAGGCUCUUCAUGGGACUGUUCUCAAAAUUAAUCAGGAACGAGCUGAGGAAUUUGAGGAAGCUGAAGAGUUCUGUGUUGAGGCAGCUCGUGCAACUCGGGAUCUUGCUCGAGCAGAAGCAGAAAUAGAAUUGUUACAACAACUUCUAAAACAGAAGGAAGAACAGCUUCAACAUGAAAUGGGGAAAGCUGGUGAGAAGACUGCAUUGAGCUCUCAAAAGUUAGAAAUUGAUCAACUAAAUGACACAGUGGAGCAACAGAAAGCAGAAAUUGACCACUUAAGAUGGUUGUUGGAUGAUAUCGGGGCAGGUAACAAGGAUGAAAUUGACAACUUACAAGAAGAAAUUGCAGCACUCAGAAGUGCACUCUCAUACCAGAAUGAUUACAUCACCAAUAUAGCAGAUCCACUGAAAAGAAGAGGAUACUGGUAUUAUAUGCCACCAUCACAGGCCUCAACCCCUGCCUCCCACAGCACAAAAGAUUCUGGAGUUGGUUUACAAUAUCCUGGCACAUCCCCACCCAGAAGAGGGUGUAGUCAGGUCAGGAAGGAAGACUUACCCAGGUCAAGAGGGUGCUGGGUUUAUUCACCAGUCAGAAAUAGGUUACACAAAACAAAUCUUGAUAAAGCUGGAAGAGCAAAAGAAGACAGGGAAGGAAAUGAGGAAGCUCAUGCUCACAAAGACCCACCCUUUGUACCACCACCUGGUACAGUUAUCUACACAGUCCUCCCAGAUGGUGCUCCUCUACCCGAAGGAACUGUGGCUUAUGGCCCUCCUCCUGCAGCUGCAAAUGGAGGUUCGAUUGCUCCUGGGUCUGUUAUCUAUGGCCCACCUCCUGUGGGAGCUCAGGUUGUUUAUGGCCUUCUUCCUCCAAACUUCACUGUCCCACUCAUUCCUUUUGGAGAUCUUCACUGCAAUGUACCCAAGCAUCAUGACUUGGAGAGUGAAGUCUCAAGGUUAGAAGACACUGUGCAGCAUUUAAAGUCUCGGAAAUACAGAGAUAAAUGGUCAGAGGCAGCUGAGCAUAAAUGCAAGAAUGAAAUGGAAAAAAUACAUCAAAACAUAGAAGAUCUUCUGCAUGAAAGAGAAGAGCUGGAACGUGAAGUAGCAGAGCUACAAAGAACAGCUCAAAAACGUAACAAAUGCAAGGACUUCGUUGAAGGGUAUACUGAAAAUUUAAUGGCAGAACUACAGUUAGAAAAAUCUCUUAAGCAUCAUGAAGAUGUUGCAGAAGAAAUUGAAUGUAUAGAGAAGACUCUUCUGAAACGCCGAGCAGAGCUUAGAGAGGCAGAUAGGCUUCUUGCAGAAGCUGAAUUGGAACUUGAGAGCACACGGGGAAAGACUAAAGACACUAUUCAAAAGUACAAUCAUGCCAAACAACAUUUGUUCCGUACUGAAACUGAGGCAGAGGAGCUAGAGCGAAGGGCUCAGGAAAUGGCCACUAAACUUGUGAAAGCAGAUCAGCAAUUAAGAUCAUUACAGGCAGAUACGCGGGAUUUAGAACAGCAUAAGAAGGAACAAGAAGGUAUUUUGAAGGAAAUCAACAAAAUGGUGUCUGCAAGAGACUCUGAGUUCCAGUCCUUAAACCAGAAAAUAGAAAUGCUGACUGAAAGUCUUCAGAAGCUUCAAGGAGAUAUUCAAGCUGCAGAAGGUAAUGAAGAACAUCACCUCCAAAUGCUCAGAGAAGUGGAGGACAUUCUUCAGGUCAAGAAAACUGAACAGGAGAGACUGAAAAAUCAGGUUACUGCUCAGCAACAAGAGCUGUUGUUUCUGGAGCAGCAGUUAAGUCAAAGGAAAGAACAGCUCCGUGUCCUUCAGGACUGUAUUUCUCAAAAGAAAGGUGACCUCAAAGAAGCUCUUCGAGAUGGGGAGACUGAAGCAAAGGAAAAACAGCGCCAAAUAAGAGAAAUAAAGCUCCUUCUGGAAGAUCUUAAUGCUGAGAGGAGAGAACUGGAUGUCCAAAUUGAUGAGAAGAGAGCACAGCUUUUGUUCAUAAAAAAGGAUAUUGGAAAAGAGGAAGAAAAUCUUCAAAUAAUACUUGGACAAAUUAACAAGCAUAAGAUAGAACUGAAACAUGUUCUGGAAAUGUUGGAGAUAGAAAAUAAUGAACUUCAGGGUUUGAAACUACAACAUAAUCAAAAGGUCAAUGAACUAGAGAAGACUCAGGUUGCAGUUCUAGAAGAGAAGUUAAAAUUGGAGAAUAUUCAGAGAUUAUUUCAUUGUCAGCAAGGGGAAGUAGACUGGCAGGAACAACUACUUCAGAAGGACCGUCAGGAAAAUGAACAUCUGGUUUCUCAAAUGCGCACCCUGCAAAAUAACAUUGAGUCUCUGAAUAAGGAAAAGCAAAAGCUUGAAGAGGACUGUCAGAGUUUGGAAAAGAAGCUGUCACAAACCAGAAGAGACUUGACUGCUACUGAAGACAGCAUCAAAACUGCGUUGUCCAAUGUAGAAAAAAGGGAAUUGGAUAUUAAAAACCUGCAGCAGGAGAUAGAUGUACUGAAUAAACAAAAAAAGUCACUGCAUGGAGACAUCACUGUUGUACAAAAAGAUCUUCAAGAAAAAAAGAAUGAACUAGAGAUGCUGAAAGGAGAAUUAAGUGAGUCCAGGCAGCAGCUUCAGCUGGCAGAACAGAAUUUGAAAGAUAAUACAAAGCACCAGGAAGAGCUGCUUAGAGAGCAGGCAACCCUGAAAGAAGAUAUCCUAAAAUGUGUAAGAAAAUGUAAAGAUUGCCAAGAGAGACAGAAAAAGAGAGAGAACCAUUUGCAGCAGCUCCAGAAAGAGAUUGAAGAGAAAGAAACAAUAUUGGCCAAACAAGAAGCGAUCCUUUGUAACCUCAAGCAAAAUUCAGAACACGAAGGGAAAAAACUGGAAGAAAAUACUGCUAAACUCAAAGAACAGAAACUGCUUUUGGAAAAGGAACUCAUGGAUCAACGUGAGAAACUGGAACAGGCAGUAGCAAAAGUAAGGCUGACAGAAGAAAACAACAGGAAGCUGGAAAAAGAAGCAUCUCAAUUUGCAGCACUUGAAGAAACUAUCAGAAAAAGCAAACAUCAGGUAUCAGAAAAAGAGCUACAGUUACAACAAAAAAAUAGAGAAAUUCAGUCUCUCCAAAAAGAAUUGGAACUCUCCAAGUCUGAGCUGAACCAUCUCCAGGGGCAGCUAGCAUCAGAGAGGAAAAGAGCUGAAAAACGAAUCUGCAGUCUGAAAGAAGCAAUGAAAAUGCAGAGGACGCAGUUUGAAAGAGAACUGCAUGAACAAAAGCGUGAAAAUAACUGCCUGCAGAGUGAUAUAGCAGCUGCUGAACAAGUAGCACAGAAUAACCAUGAACGCACCAAGCGCCUCAUUAAAGAGCUUGGCCAGAUCCAGCAGGACUACAUGGAUCUCCAAAACCAGGUUAAGACUCAAGAAGACCUGGAAAAGAGACAAAGGGAAAUAGAGAACACAGCAACAUUGCUUAAAUUAGAGGUUGAAGAUGAUAUUAAAACAGGGUUUAAAUCUUCAAGCCCAUCUUCUCCAGAACUGUUGGAAGAUUUGGAAGCGUUUUCUGCAGUAAAUAAAAGUCUGCAGUGUGAAUCUGACAAUUUAGAGGAGAUGUUUUCAUUUGCUGAUGCUGACAAAAGAUUGUUCUCAUCGGAAAAAAAGUUGGAUUUUUCUCAAAUCUUCAUAAUGGAUGAACAGUGGCGUGGAGAGGCUCUCCGAGAGAAACUGCAGCAUCACGAGGAUCGGCUGAAGGCUCAGCUCCGGCACUGCAUGUCCAAGCAAGUAGACGUAUUGAUCAGAGGAAAACAACAGACACAGGGCACCCUUCACAGCCUGAAGCGACAGGUUGAUGCACUGGAUGACCUGGUCAGCAGCACUUCCUCAGACUCACUGUUCCUAGCUGAAAGUUCAUCAAGUCUGCUAUCUCUUCGUGAUGCUCUGAGUUUAACAAAAACACAGGCUGCUCUGACAGGACACGCACACUUCCCCAGCAGCUCAGCAGGCGUUCCAGCAGUGGCACACACGUGGCAUUCCUGCUCAUGAGAAAUGUCUCAGUAUACUGUUGGAGACAGCAGCUGAUCUGCAUGUGCAUUUGUGCUCCCUGAGACUGUGCCAUCAUCUUCCACUCCUGAAGCCUUCUACCUCACCGUUCUGCAAGCCUUUGCUGAAAAGGUAUUUACCAGCAAUAACAAACAGCUCUGUACUGUGAAGUUUCUGUAUGACUAAGGAAGGGAGUUUUAUGUAUAUAUGUUAUUUUUAAAAAUAUGGAUUUAAGAGUGUCUAAAACUACUGUUCUCAUUGAAGUGUGGGUAUUUCUCAGUUUACAUUUUGAAGAGUUGUCACAUUUUCAAAUGCAUGAAUGUUAAAUAAAACUAUUUUUGAAUACUUUCUUAAAAUAA